UGACGCAACCGGGACAGCGUGCGAGUGCAGUCGGCAGCGCGGGCGUGAGCAGAGCUUGGAACGACCACGACAUGGGCUGCUGCUACUUCAGGUCGCCAGGCAACGAGACGGAGGGACAGCGUGGUCGCGCUCCGAAGAAAGUCAGGCACGCGAUCAGCUCGGCUGGCCUUUCUAGACUGCAGAAAAGACGUCGCAUUCCCCACUCAUCCGUUACAUCUCCGGUCUUCAAGACCACCUGGGGCGAGACCACGGUGGUCGCUGCCGGGUUCUGCAUAUUCUGGGCGGCGUUCGCCGUCAUUGUGCUCCUCAUGCGGGAACGUCGCGCGUCCGACGAGCUCGACGACGCCCUGUGCCAGACGGACGACUGCGUUCGACACGCCAAACUUCUCGCCAACAUCACGACCACGUCGAGCGUGGAUCCCUGCGAAGACUUCGCCGCGUACGUCUGCUCCGUCUGGUCGCCGCCCAGGCUCCAGGCGGACGAGAACUACGCGUCCGCCAUGGACGCUGCCAUAUACCACUGGUACUGGGGACUCAGAGACACGCUGCACAGCGGCGUCAGCCAGGUGCCCAUUGGCAUAAAGGCGCUCCAGAUGUACGAGGCCUGCGUCGGCGGCGAAUCGAGAUACGGCAUAGACCGGGACGAGUUCUUGCGUUUCAUCAAAGAGGCCGGACUCAGCUGGCCCGAGUACCCUCCAGAACGUGUCGACGCCCUCUCCGUGUUCGUGUCGCUAUCGUUUAACUUCGAAGCUCCCGCCUGGUUUUCGGUAGUCAUUUCCGAUUCCCGAGAUCGGAAGCACUGGCGACUUGUCAUCUCGCCGGACAGUUACCUGCCCUUACUGCUUGCGCAGCACAGGGACAUCGUCAAGAAGGGCGGGUACGUUUCGCACUGGAAAAGAAUCUGGAACUCCAUUGUACCAGGGGCCGCCUUUCCCAGGGAGGACAAUCUCGACACCGAGCACCACGCGAUGGAAGACAUAUUGGAAAAGCUUCACGAAGUAGCCUCAAGUCCACUGAAGGAGACCGCGCUGUUUACUCUAGGAGAUAUCGACAAGUACACUCCCUCCCUUCCAUCCUCACGCUGGGUCGAGGCUCUCAAAGAGACCUUACCUCUCGAUCCAACGACAGCCACAGAGGUAUACUUCACCGACGUAAGCUACAUGAGGACGGUCGGCGACCUUUUUACGCUGUACGACAACCGGCAGCUCGUGCGACACCUCUCUUGGCUCUUUGUGCAGCUGUACGGCCCCGUCGCAGAUCCUCGUCUCUUCGUCGAUCGAUUCGGGAACGAAGACCUCGCGAACGCGUCUCGCCCUUUAUUCUGCGGGUCGAAUGUCGAAGCUUCCUACAAGCUGCUCCUUACGGUGUUGUACUUCGUGUCAAGAAUUUCCAGCCACGACAAAGCUUUGGUCGAAGCCUGUUUCGACUCGUUAAUCGUAAUGGGAGCGGAGAAGGUCGCCGGCUCCAGUUGGCUGGAGGAGGAUAGCAAAGUGCUCGCCGGAGCCAAGAUGAAGGCCGUAGAAGCGCGUUUCUGGCCCGACGAGGUUCUCGUGAAGACGGGCGUCCUGGAGCAGAUCUACAAGGAGUUUCCGGAAAACAAGUCUUCGUUCGCCGCUUACUGGGUCGAAUCUCGCAGGAAAAUUCGCAACGUCAAAGGCAGAAAGCUGUACAGGCGACUGUCCAAUCAGCCUCUCAGUUCCCGAGAACCGUACCUGAGCUACGAUGCAACCCUCAAUCACGUACUCAUCGCCCUAGGCGCUGUAGUCAGGCCGUUGUUCUACAGGAACGGAACCAAGGGCAUGUUGUACGGAGGGAUCGGCUUCUUGAUGGCGCUGGAAGUUGUGAAAUCGCUGGACAAAGCCGGAUUGCGAUGGGAUCCCAGCGGCAACGCCGUCGCCCAUUCCCUUCUCUCGAAGACGUCCUUGGAGGAGUACGCUUCGCGUUCUUCGUGCUUCGGUCCAGAAGAACGAAACGUCAGCGCUUUUCCGGAGAUCCCAGCGUUAGAAGUCGCUUACGCCGCGUUCCAGCAGGCACUGAAGAGCGACGGACGCCGGUUCAAGAUCGGAGAGAACAUUACCGAGGAGCAAGUGUUCUUCUUGACCCUCUGUUUCACGACCUGCCAGCGAAGAUACGUCGUAAGCCCCGCCAGCGCCGACUGCAAUAAGGCCGUGCAAAAUUUCCCCCCGUUUGCGGAGACGUUUUCCUGCCCCAACGGUUCCAACAUGAACCCACUCGUCCAGUGCAGGUUCUUUGACUGACUCCCGAAAUGCAAACCCGACAUGACAAUAUAGAACUUGCUCGAUAGACGCUUGUUUCUUCCUAAUUGAUAUCCGUUUUGCACUGUGCUCAAGACAGACAAGAGAGGAGCGAAAUUUCUCGAGUGCGCUUCCGCCAAUUAUCUCAUUUGAUUGCAGCAAUAUUUAGUCGACUACUAACUAGAAAUAUAAAUAAGGCUUCAGUGCGGGGGUUAGUAGCCCACUAUAUAACUCACCCACAGCUUAACCGAGCUUGAGGAAAGUGUUUCUUGUGGCCCAGGCAGUGCUUCAUCCACUAGGUCACCAUUUUGGUUAGGGCAACUUAGUUGAGCGGUAAAUCCUGCUUUUUGUUUAUAUAUUUGUUUGUUUUGUUCGUUUCUCUUUCUUUCUCUUUAGUUUUUUACGUUUGCCUCUUAUACGUAUCUGUGGAUAUCUUAGGAUAUUCUUCAUGCCAUAUAUCUAGGUUUCUUGUUGUUGUUUUUUUCCUUUUACUUUGAACUGUGCGCUGGACACUGCCACAGACGUGGCAUUGCUGAAGUUUUUGCGUACUCAUAGUCAAACUAUAACUCCUCUGUAUAUAAUGUAGCUGGGCAAGAAGUGGUUUGUGGACGAGUUUCCCGGACACCUAGUUCCAUUUUCACUACUGAUGUGCAGAAAACGUUUCAGCAUGUCUAGCAUAUUAGGUGCCCCACAUUUAAGGUUUGCUGAAGUGGACUUUCGUGUGUGAGUAGCUGACGAACGUGGCGCUGCACCAUUUUUGUAUGUGAAAGGAUGCGAUUGAAUGGCAAACG